CUCGCCUAACCUCACCUCACACACACCCCAACCACUGUUUGAACACACAAACAUAAACUUUUAACCAUCUGAAUAAUCAACACGACACACUUUUAACACUCUUAAAAUGAUAUAUAGUAGUUACAAUACUGUACAUGAGAAAAUGGUUCCUUGCUCAUUUCAUAUACGACACUAAAGUAUGCGUUCACCAAGUUGCACAUUGAUCAUUAUUUAUUUAAAAGUUGUCUUAGAAUGCACGCUGUGCCUUUUGGACCACGAUGUUGUGUUCGCAAAGUGGUAAAAGGUGUUUUCAGUGGCAUCGUGGUCAGUUUUUUUGGGAGGCGGGGGUCUUAGCGGCUAAUUGGGCUAAAUGGUAGCCGGGUUCGUGUACAAGUGCUCUGGGCCUCGUCGGCAGGUGGACACACAUGCGUCCAACUUUUUUUUCUUCUCCUGAUUUUUAAAUUCUGUUUUACUGGCACAUUUAGUAUUUAACAAAGCUGAGCAUAAAGAUGUGCCACUCGUGGAAAGUGGGCGCUUCCAAAUGGGUCGUAUUAACAAUUCAUGUUGGACAUCCGGUGGCAGUGCCAGCUGCGGCCCCAUUUUUAUUGUCUGCCAGCCUCCGCCGCGAACGGCAACUGCUUCCCGUGAGCUACAAGGCUGCGUCAUGUGAAGAACCUUCGACCUUUUGACCUUCUGUGAUUCUGCGUCUAACUGACCAGAAGUGAUUUUGUGACUACGACCUGACCCCGCCCCUCAACGGCCUUGGGCAUGCCUCAGCCGGGUAUGAAUGGCAUGGAGCCUGCUUUUGGCGAGGCCUACGGGGGCCACCGGGGUUUGCUCAGCCCUUAUCCAAUGGCCAUGUCACCUCAAGGGGGCAGGACAGAGUACGACCAGAGCAUUCUUCUCAUGCUCGGCUCACCGGCGUCCCCCCGCAAACGCCCCUUUGAGCUGCUCAGUGACUUGGUUGACGACGGUGGCCUUGGUGAGGAGCUUCACCCCGAACGCUGGGAUGUGUCCGCUCUGGACGAGAUGGCCCGGUACACCAAGCUGGGCUUGGGCGUGGCUUCCGAAGACGCCGUGCUUAUGGCUCGCUGGGGACGGAGCCGUGAGGAGGACAAGCCGGCUGAGAAGACGACCAAAGACGAGUUGGUAGCCGCCUCGGGUGGAGGACUAGAUGGCCCCGUGACGAAGGAGAACACUGUGGAGGUGUACCAGUCACAUGUGGGGGACAACAGCCACCAAUCACCAGCCAGACAUAAGGUGACACAGGAGAAGGGCCACCAGAAGAAGGCGCCGGUUUUGGGUUUGCUCCUGGAGCACUGCAGCGAGGAGCACAACUAUUCCCUCAGCCAGGGAGGAGAGCCGGUCGUCACUCACAGUGUCCUGGAGGAGGCCCAACAGCAGCAGGAGGAGGCACAGCAGGAGCAGGAGGACAGGGAGGAGAAGCCAGACGUGGAGGAUGAGGAAGAGGAAGAAGAGGAAGAGGACGAGGAGGAAGACGAAGGAGAGGAGGAGACAGCGGCCGAUCUCUCGAGCUCAUCGGAAACAGAAUGCGAGGCGGAGGCAGAACCGGCGAGGCCGCCGGACGAGUGCCCAGGCGAGCGCCCGUCCAAGCGCCGUUGCUUCUGGGAGUACCGACGCUCGCGGGAGUCUGCAGCUAAGAAGAAGUUGUGUGGCGGGGGAGGCGACUGGUCACUGUCGUGGAGCUCCAGCACGCUGCCCAGCACACUGUACCGACGACAAGGAAAGAAAGGGCGCCGCAAGGCCCGUAAGACGGACGCCAGCGACCUGACUCCCAACCCGCAGAAACUGCACAACAUCGGGGAGCAGCUACAGAAGCUCAACGCCGCCAUCGACAGCAUGGGGCCCGUCAACGACCUCCCUGCCCUCGCCAGGGCUCGAUCGCGCAAGGAGAAAAACAAGCUCGCGUCCAGGGCGUGCCGUCUGAAGAAGAAAGCACAGCAUGAGGCCAACAAGAUUAAACUGUGGGGUCUCAACCAGGAGUAUGAAAACCUGCUGGGGGCGCUGCUGCGCAUCAAGGAGCUGAUCCGGCAGAGGGUGGAAAGCAGUGGAGAAGAGGACUCGGCCGAACGAGGAAUGACGUGCCGUUUGGAGGACAUCCUUGCUCAGUCCAGCGGUCCUCUGGUCGCCGGGCGGACCAAAGACUUUGUGCAGAGGAUCUUGGCAGCCAGCGGGGGUCCUAGCCAGCAGGAGGCUCCCCAGGAAGACCGCAGGUGGCGCUCUAAACCCGAUCCGGGGGUGUCCCCGUGUGAGUGUAUGCUGCUCUUGUAAAAUACUGUACCCCCCUCUUUUUCCCGCCGUGUGCUGUACUCAUACCCCAUCGUGCCUAUAAAUAGACAAUGCACUGUUUUUGUAGAUGCCCGUAGUGGUCCGGGGAGGGGGGGGGGUGGGGGGCGCUAGUGAGCUGAGGGUGCUCGAAGAGCAGGGUUUCUCAGACUUCGGGUCCAGUGGGAGAAACUUUUCCAAGGUCCUCCGCAGAAUUCAAACCACAAUUCAACACUCAGAUAUGCCAUAGGAGAUAAAAUAUUGCAAGGCAAAUUAUUACAAUAAAUUCUAAUGUAUUUAUUUACUUAGUUAUUUUAUUAGAUUUUUUAAUGUCAUGGCAACAGUUUCAUCUUUUUUAAAAAGAUGGUUUGUACUAAAAAAUUAGACGAGAUAGGGCUGCACAAUAUUGGAAAAAACAUGAUAAUGUCAUAUGGGUGCUGAUUAUUGCAAUAUUAUUGGGAUAUUUAACAUGCUUUUAAAGAGAUGACAUUUUGUUAUCUGAGGAAAUAAAUGCAUGUAUUUAAUGUGGCAAAAUAAGUAGGUUAUGUAUUCUCCUAUACUUCAGACGUGUAAUACAUUUUCAUAGCUGUUUGUUGUUUUUCCUCAUUCAUUUCGUCUCCUCUCAUGUCUGCGAUUUAUCGUCUGCCCCCUGCUGCUGAAAUUGUCGCUGUACGCCUGAGGGGCCACUCCAGCCAAUAGGAGAGCAGUAUCUAGGGGAGUGGAUUGCAUUUGUCAGACAAAGCAUGCAAUAUCACAUACAUAUUUAUCUUCAUUCAUCUUUGCAGUACACACAUUGCACGUGCCAUUACCGCAACAACAAAAUUGUUUUUGGUAUAUUGUGCAGCCCUAAUAAGAGCUCAAAAAUGUUUUUAUUUCACCCCCCCAAACACACACACUAAAAUAUCAUAUUAUUGCACAUCAAAUUAUUAAGUAAGACUUUGGGGAGGGGAAAAAUGGUAUAGGAGCCAUGAAGAGUGUUUUUGUUUUAGGGGGGUGAUUUUAUGAUUAAAAUAAUAUUUAUAUUGGAAAAAAAGUUGGUACGUAAUUUAAAUUCUGAUUAUUAUUUUUGAUCCAAAUGUUGGCUAGCACAUAAUUUUAAGUGGAAAAAAGUUUUAAAUGUUAAAUGACCAGGCAUUUUUUGGGACUAAAACCACAUGAAAAUAGUCUUAUUUUUUUUUAUAAUUUUUCUUAUGUGAUAUUCAGGUCAAAGUUUAAGAUAGGAAGAAAAUAAAAUUUAAAAAUGCAACUUUACUCUUGUAAUAAUUUUUUUUCAUAAAAAAUAUAACUUAAUAUUGCAAUAAUAUUAAUAUUUUAAUGUAAGAAUUUGAUUUCAUUUUCUUUGUCUUUUGUCCUAGGAAAAAGACAAUUUGUAAUAUUAAACAACGCUUUUUCAUAAGAUUAGAAAAAUACCAAACCCUAUUUUCCUCAUUUUACCAAAUGUAUCAAUGAAAAUGUUUCUAAUAUUUGACUUUUUCUGGGGGGGACAGUAUUCACAUAUAUAAUCCACUCUUUCUUAUGUGCAAAAAAAUGUCAUUAAAAAUUUAAAAUUAUCGGGGGGAAAUAUAAUACAUGAGUGUAAGAAGAAUUACUAAAAUAAAUACAUACACGGCAUUGGGUUAAAGACAAAUCCACCUAUGAAUUUGUAAUAUGGAUACUUUGUACACGCGAAUAAAUAGAAUUCAUUUAAACUAAGCAAGGAUUGGAAAUUUCCACUUCAAAGAAUUUUAAAAUUUCUUUGAAAAAUGUAAUGAAAUACAAAUUACUGUUCAGAUACCUCUUCAGUUAUCGAGCAUGGCUACCACAAAUUCAGGGGUGUGGAUUAUACUUGGGUAGAAGGAAAAUUGAGUUCUGAAAGAGCAACUUUGGUGGUAAUAAUUUUACUGCCAUGUAUCUAGAAAAAAAGUAUAUAUUUGUCAAUUUUUUUUUCUACUCCUAGAAAUACUUUUUUUUUCCCACACCAGUUUUCUCCUAUGAUGAAAAAAAACACAUUUUUAUAGGAUUGACCUUUCUUCUCUUCCACUUUUUUGUGAUGUACUUUUUGUUUUAUCCACGAAUUGUGUCACAAAUUUCACUUAAUUUUUGUGGACCCGAGUUUGAGAAGCACUGCCUUUGAGAAUGCGAGGGGGGUUGUCUUUUCUUUUUUUUCUUCCCCUCACCCCCUUAAAAAAAACUGUGGCGAGUCCUGAUGUCGGAGCAGCUGUAUCCCCACCCCACCCCUUCCCCGUUCAGCU